GGCCGCUGGUUCACUCGCACACUGCACGAUCCCCAGCGGCCACGCGGGUCGUAGAACUUGGGAUAGGGCCUGACACUGGGACUCCGCGAGUGUCCAUAGUCACUUUAGUUCUGGGGGACCCUCAGUAUCUCUCUUUCCGAGAGGACAGCCUGCCUCCACACCCUCCGCACGGAGUGGUCCCCCCGAAGUCGCCUUUCACUCCCUUGGGAUUCUUAGUUUAAAUUUGGAACAAGGCUUGGAUCGCUAGAAGUCUUUUCCUAUCCUGCUCUGGAUCUGUAAGACAGGGUGCUCUCUUCACCAUGAUUCCCUGCAGAGCGGUGCUGACUUUUGCGCGAUGUCUGAUCCGGAGAAAAAUCGUCACGCUGGACAGUCUAGAAGAUUCCAAACUCUGCCGCUGCUUGACCACCAUGGACCUCAUCGCCCUGGGGGUUGGAAGCACGCUCGGAGCUGGAGUUUAUGUCUUGGCUGGGGAAGUCGCCAAAGCAGAUUCUGGCCCCAGCAUCGUGGUGUCCUUCCUCAUCGCCGCCCUGGCUUCAGUGAUGGCAGGCCUUUGCUAUGCUGAAUUCGGGGCCCGAGUUCCCAAGACUGGGUCUGCCUAUCUGUACACAUACGUCACGGUUGGAGAACUGUGGGCCUUCAUCACUGGCUGGAAUCUCAUCCUGUCAUAUGUCAUAGGUACAUCCAGUGUCGCAAGAGCGUGGAGUGGCACCUUCGAUGAACUUCUUAACAAACAGAUCGGUCAGUUUUUCAAGACGUACUUCAAAAUGAAUUACACUGGCCUGGCGGAAUAUCCAGACUUCUUUGCGGUGUGCCUUAUAUUGCUUCUGGCAGGUCUGUUAUCUUUUGGAGUAAAAGAGUCUGCGUGGGUGAAUAAAUUCUUCACAGCUAUUAAUAUCCUGGUCCUUCUCUUUGUAAUGGUGGCCGGGUUUGUGAAAGGAAAUUUGGCUAACUGGAAGAUCAGUGAAGAAUUUCUCAAAAAUAUAUCAGCGGGUGCCAGAGAACCACCUUCUGAGAACGGAACAAGCAUCUAUGGGGCGGGGGGCUUUAUGCCCUAUGGCUUCACCGGAACUUUGGCUGGCGCUGCAACUUGCUUUUAUGCCUUUGUGGGCUUUGACUGCAUUGCAACAACUGGUGAAGAGGUCCGGAAUCCCCAAAAAGCUAUUCCCAUCGGAAUAGUGACUUCCUUACUGGUUUGCUUUAUGGCCUAUUUUGGGGUUUCUGCAGCUUUAACGCUUAUGAUGCCUUACUACCUCCUGGAUGAGAAGAGCCCCCUUCCUGUAGCAUUUGAAUAUGUUGGCUGGGGUCCCGCCAAAUACGUGGUUGCUGCAGGCUCCCUCUGCGCCUUGUCAACAAGUCUUCUUGGAUCCAUUUUCCCAAUGCCUCGUGUAAUCUAUGCUAUGGCGGAGGAUGGGUUGCUUUUCAAAUGUCUAGCUCAAAUCAAUUCCAAAACGAAGACACCAAUAAUUGCUACUUUGUCAUCGGGUGCAGUGGCAGCUGUGAUGGCUUUCCUUUUUGACCUGAAGGCUCUUGUGGACAUGAUGUCCAUCGGCACCCUCAUGGCCUACUCUCUGGUUGCAGCCUGUGUGCUCAUCCUCAGGUACCAACCUGGCCUGUGUUAUGAGCAACCCAAAUACACCCCUGAGAAGGAAAUUCUGGAAUCGUGUACCUGUGCGACGUCAAAAAGCGAGUCCCAGGUCACCAUGAUACAAGGACAGGGUUUCAGCCUCCGAACCCUCUUCAACCCCUCUGCCCUGCCCACUCGACAGUCGGCUUCCCUCGUGAGCUUUCUGGUGGGAUUUCUGGCCUUUCUCAUCUUGGGCAUGAGUAUUCUAACCACACAUGGAGUCCAGGCCAUUGCCAGACUGGAAGCCUGGAGCCUGGCUCUUCUCGCCCUGUUUCUUGUUCUCUGCACGGCCGUCAUUCUGACCAUUUGGAGGCAGCCACAGAAUCAGCAGAAAGUAGCCUUCAUGGUCCCAUUCUUACCCUUUCUGCCAGCCUUCAGUAUCCUGGUCAACAUCUACUUGAUGGUCCAGUUAAGUGCGGACACUUGGGUCAGAUUCAGCAUCUGGAUGGUGCUUGGCUUUCUGAUUUACUUCGCUUAUGGUAUUAGACACAGCUUGGAGGGGAACCCCAGGGAUGAAGAAGAUGAUGAAGAUGUUUAUUCAGACAACAUUCAUGCAGCAACAGAAGAAAAAUCCGCCAUGCAAGCAAAUGACCAUCACCAAAGAAACCUCAGUUUACCUUUCAUAUUCCAUGAAAAGACAAGUGAAUGCUGAUGCUGGCCCAUGGUUUUACCACACAUAGCUUACAAGGAGUGAACUAUGGCAGGACGUCACCAUCAUGCUGGGAUGUCAUGGGUUUACUGCAGAGUUGGUUCACCUAACUUACAUUUCCUCCUCCAGACAGCUUCUCUUCAGAUGGUGAAUUAUGGGUCUGGGGAAACUGCCUGAGUGCACUCCUCAGCAAUGAGUAUCCCCAAAGUAAUGUGUCUGUGUGCGUACAUGUGUGUUUGGGAAUGUGGGUGUUAAAUGUCGUUGGUUUUUGUUACUAUGUGGCAUUGUUCCAGCGUUGUGAUGGGUGACAGAUACUGCACAUACUAAUAUAGAGUAUAUUGCCCAAUAGAAGUGUAUUCUGUAUAUGUCCUAGGUAGUUAAGAUAAUAGUGAUGGUUUUCCUUAGUAGGUCUGUGACUGUCAAUUUGGACAUACUGAAAAUGUAGCCACCUUUCAGAGGUUUAGCAGUGGUCAGGAAUGGGGAGGGGAUAAGGAAUGAGCCUCUUCUGUAGAUUACAGUGCCUCCGUAGAGUUUUUACACAUCUUCUUCUCCUACUUGCUAGGACAGUUUACUAAAACCAGCCCGGGGUAGUGUUUUUUCUUCAGAAUGACAGGAUGGAGAGAGAGAGUCUGUGACACCAGAUGGUCACUCCUGUUUGUGAGAGCCUUGAUCCUUACAUACAACACUUCCACCUGCUAUAAGUGAUAUGCUUCCCCAACCUCAACCCCACUGAGGACUCAGGAGAGGUACCAGGUUCUCCUUGGGACCCUUUAAGCCAGAGAAUGAAGGUGGUCCCAUGGCCCGAAGACCAGAGGCAUAGACAGAGGCUCAGAUAGGCUUUCUGUUUUUAAAAGUGAAUUAAGACAGUCCAGGUUCCCAUGUCACACAUUUGGUGGAAUGGAUCAGGUUGUUUUCCAUUACUAAGCACCCGAUCACAGCUCAGGGGCUGUCACUGCAUCAGCCGCUCUUAUGUUUCUGCUAGUUUCUCUGAUCUAGAUGGAAAGGGACAUGGUAGCAAAUUCUAUCUUCACAGUGUACAAAGAAGAAAAAGAAGAAGGGGUAAGGGAAAUACCUCUAGUCCGUCUCACGGGGCACUGGGGCCCAACUCAUGGAUUUUCAGACCUAAUAUACCUCUGAUGUUUCUUCUAGAAAUGUUUAGAGACUCCUGCUCCCCACCCCCAUCGUUUAUCGCUUUUUCUUUCAUUUGCUUCUAAAUGACCGCAUUAAGCCUAUUAACACAAGCUCUGAUAUUAUACAAUAAAUCAUCAAUUACUUUCAGAACACAGUUACUUAAAACUUGGAGUUAAAUAACCAAAUUGAAUUAAAAACACAGUGAUCUUUGUAGAUGAUUAAAUAAAUUUUAUAUGUAAGAUUCUCUGCUACAUUUUUACUUUAUAGGGUUCACUGAUAAUGGAUUAUAAAUCUCCAAUCAUUCUUAUUCCUCAUGAGUUAAUUUUGUAUAAAUAAUUAAAUGGUUUGUUAGGUAAAUCUAGAGGCUAGACACUUAACAUGGGUGUGGCACUCCCAGGAGACUGUGUGUUACCUAGAAUGCUAGUUACCUGGCAUAAUCCAAAGACAAGGAAAACAGUUGCUUUCUCAUAGUUCUUCUAAGAGAUUAUUUUACUGAUGCUGUUUAAAAGCAAGUUGAGAUUAAUUAUCAGAUAAGCAGGCAAAGGUUCUGGGUUCUUGGCUGUUAGGGGUGCCUCCCUAACCCAGGGCUUAGUGCUGACAUUCCAAAAUUUCCAGGGUGCACAUAAUAAAACCUGAAGCCCAGACACUCUUUCCAACUGCUUGCUUUACUACAGAAGAAAAGUAGGAGAAGCAAAGGCUAAAAUAGUUUGGAAAGGACUAUAGGCAUGAUCAGGAAUUCUUGCGAUCAUUAAUGGCUGCCCAGAGAGGGAGAAUCAAGGAUGAGCUCCCUGGUCGGUUAUGUGAUCCCAGUUGGUCAGCAUUAAAUACUUCUAUACACAAGCAAUACUAAAUGGACUCAGCAGAUUCUGUACACACACACACACACACGAGUAUAUGUAUGUAACAAUAAUGAAGAAGAGGUCAUGGAUUUGAUAGACUAUUGGGGCAAUUGUAGUGGGGGGAAGGGAGGGUAGAAAAUUAUCAGAACUAUAUACUCAAGUAAAAAAAAUCUCAAAAAAAUUUUAAAUUUAAAUUAAAAAAAAAAUCCUUGCUGUUACAGCAGUGCUCUUCACUCAAAAUGUGAAGAACUUCAUACAUGAAUGUCUGAAUGUCUUACUGUAACAAAAACAGAUUUGUUUGGACCGUGAUAGGCAACUAGAAGUACUGUGCCCACUGUGUUCAGUUGGGAGCAGAAUGUUCACACCAAAACACGUUGGAAACACAGAUGUCUGUGAAGAGAUGUUUUGUCAGAGACCAUAUGCUUCUUUUUUUUUUUUCUGUGAAGACCCAAAUGGACAAGCAUGUCUGUAUGUGUAUAAUGUUUAUAAACACAUUGGUAUAUGUAUGUGUGAUGUAUAUUUGUGUGUGUUUGUGGGGGGAGGGAGCGUUCGGUUAUCAGUGUCUAAGUUGGGUUUCUGAUGAGCUUUGGAUGUGAUAUUGUUACAUAGAUAAAAACCCUAUUGCUGUGGAGAGAGAUUAAUGUUUUAUAUUGAUAGAUAUUUUAGAUUUUUAGCUAUUUUAAAAUAUACACUUUUAUAUGUAUGUUUUCUAUAGAUAGAUUCUUUAAGACAUAUUUAUCAUGUUUCUAAUAUGAAAUCACUAGACUAUACUAUAUUAUGACAGGUGCUUUGGAAUCUGAAUGGAGUAGGGGUAGAAACCUUGGGGUGUUCUUUUUUGUCUCUGUAGUACUGUUUCUGACACACAUGUUCUUGGGUGUGCUGGGCAGCAAAUGCUAGUACUACCAGCUCUUUGCCAACCCUCUGUCCUCCCAAACUUGAGUUCAUAACACUUUGAACAUAACAUACUAUUCUGUUUUGUAAGAUCACCAAAAUAUUUUGUAUAGAUUUGACUAGUGGGCAAACGCUCCAGAAUCUCAAAUGUUGACACCUUCUAUUCAUCAUGGCGAGCAAAAGCAGUUUGUAGUACUUUUUGUUUCUUGUACUAAGAACUGUGUUGUUGGUAUUUUCAAUGAGAUUGUCUCAUCACAGCACCUUAACUUCAUGCCUUCACAAAAGAGAAUGAUCUGUGAAUUAGCACAUAAAUAUCAGGCCAACCAUAUAUUUAAAAGGAUGGUUAUAAAAACUCAAGGUUAGAAGCUCCUGAGAAAAACUUAACUAGAACCUUUGAGAUAUAAAAUCUAUCUUAAUCUUGUUUCCUUAGUGAUAAAAAUGUCAAAAAAUAACCAAAAUAUUAUCUAUACACAUGUAUAUAUCAUAUACAGAUAUGUAUCAAUGGUAAUAUGUAGAAUCAACAUUGAAACUACUUUUGGUAUGUUAACUUUAGUACUACUAACUGUAAUUGAUUUAAAAAGAAUACCAGCUUCUGAAUCAUCUUCCUAAAGAAUAAAAGGUUAGAUAAUUUUAAUUUUUAUAAAGAUUUUUUUUUAUUUUAGCCAAUUUUUUCCAAGUCCUAAAUGUUUGCAGGUCAUUGUUUUAAAGGUUUUCUAAUAAAACACUGUGAUUCAGAAUUAUUACAAGAUAAUUUUCUAAGUUUGUUUGAAUAGUUAGCGCAGGUGAAGGAAAGAAAUUGUCCUACAGUGCUAAGGACUCAGAAAGAAUACCUACACCUUACCUUCUUGCUUCUUAUAUCAGGAGUGCGUGUGUGUACAUGUGCGCAUGUGCACAUGUGCACAUGUGGUGACUGUGUAAAAAAAAAAAGUAUGUGUAUCCCAGAAUUGC